GUUCUCUACCUCCUGUAUUCUGCGCUCCGGAUGCGCUACCUGGUGCAACUCGAAUUCCAGGAAAAGCGCUCCGUAGUUUUUACGCUCCAGGUCCGCUACUUGGUGAAACUCGAGUUCCAAGUCAAGCGCUCCGUAGUUUCUACGCUCCAGGUUGGCUACCUAGUUCAACUCGAGUUCCAGGACAAGCGCUCCGUAGUUUCUACGCUCCAGGUCGGCUACCUGAUGCAACUCAAAUUCCAGGACAAGCGCUCCGUAGUUUCUACGCUCCAAGUCGGCUACCUGGUGAAACUCGACUUCCAGAACAAGCGCUCCGUAGUUUCUACGCUCCAGGUCGGCUACCUGGUGCAACUCAAAUUCCAGGACAAGCGCUCCGUAGUUUCUACGCUCCAGGUCGGCUACCUGGUAGAAUUCGACUUCCAGGACAAGCGCUCUGUAGUUUCUGCGCUCCAGGUCCGCUACCUGGUGAAACUCGACUUCCAUGACAAGCACUCCGUAGUUUCUACGCUCCAGGUCGGCUACCAGGUGCAACUCAAAUUCCAGAACAAGCGCUCCGUAGUUUCUACGCUCCAGGUCGGCUACCUGGUGCAACUCAAAUUCCAGGACAAGCGCUCCGUAGUUUCUACGCUCCAGGUCGGCUACCUGGUAGAAUUCGACUUCCAGGACAAGCGCUCUGUAGUUUCUGCGCUCCAGGUCCGCUACCUGGUGAAACUCGACUUCCAUGACAAGCGCUCCGUAGUUCUGACUGUCCAGGCCCUUCACCUGGUAACUUUUGACGUUCAGGACUAAUUUUCCGUAGUUCUGGUUCAACUUGUCAUGUUAACAAAAGAUUAUUUCAAUUCAUUUUUCGCGCAAGCCCAAAU